GUUUUUGGUCGAAGUAGCAAGACUGACCUUAGAAAGGAUGGCAGUAGACAUUGGGGUGUUCAACUUUGUUGAAUAUUUAGUGACAAACCCAUCGAUUCUUAUUGCAAUAGUUCUUAUUUAUUGCUUCAUAUUCGGCCUUUCUAUUUUAUUCUCUGGCCCAAAACCUGGAAAAAAUCCAUUUUCCAUCAACCAUGUUCGACCUGUGGAAAAGCUUGUGACUGACCAAAGUACAAGAGACAAAAUUCUUAAACAGAAAUUCAAGCCAUAUAAGGUGCCAUCAGAGAAACUAGAUGCCAUAGUAAUUGGUAGUGGGAUAGGAGGCUUAUCAACAGCUGUGUUACUAGCUAAAGCUGGGAAAAAGGUGUUAGUUCUAGAACAACAUGACCAGGCUGGAGGCUGCUGUCAUACUUUUAUUGAUAAAGGCUAUGAGUUUGAUACAGGUAUCCAUUACAUCGGGAAGAUGUAUGAUGGUCAUCCAGACAGAGUGUUGACCGAUCAGCUGACUGGAGGAGCUAUAGAGUACCCACUUAUAGAAGAAAUUUAUGAUGUGGUUCGAAUAGGAGAUCCAGCUAAAUCUAGAGCAUACAACAUAACUUCAGGGAGAGAAAAAUUAGAGAAGUCAUUUAUAGAAUAUUUCCCUAAAGAAGAGACAGCUAUUAAAAAGUUCAUGGAGUUCUUAAUAGAGAGUAGAAACAGUUUUACAGGAUAUUUUGCCAUGAAGGUAUUACCAAAGAGGGUAGUAAAACUCCUGAUAGCCACAGGGAUAUAUAAGUUUAUGUUUAGAUCGUACGCCAAGUUCCAUGGUAAAUCAUUGAAGUCUUUACUUGAUGAUCUGACAGACAAUGAAGAAUUAAAGGCUGUUUUAUCUUACUGCUGGGGAGAUUAUGGUACUUAUCCUUCCAACACCUCCUCAAUCAUGCAUUCGGCACUCCUCAAUCUUUUCAUAUCAGGAGGUUAUUACAUCAGAGGAGGACCAAGUGAAGUGGUCUUCCAGACAAUUUUAACCUUAGAAAAAUUUGGAGGUCGAAUCUUUAUGAAAGCACCGAUCCAGAAAAUUUUGAUUAACGAUUCAGGUCGUGCUCAUGGCGUGUUAGUUGGUAAGGGAACUAACUCCUGUGAAUUAUUUGCUAAGAAUAUUAUAUCAGACGCAGGAGUAUCCAAUACAUUCCUUAGACUUCUACCCAAAGAGGUGGCUGUUAAAUCAAGUAUUUAUCCAAUGAUAAAGAAAGUAGGAGAAAGUGUCUCAUUUAUCUCAAUGUUUGUUGGUUUAGAAGGAACUACAAAGGAAUUAGGACUUAAAGCUCAAAACAUCUGGGCCUUUACCAGACCUGAUGUUGAAGAACUAACAAAAGAAUACAUUAACUUAUCAGUGGAAGAGGCUGCAGAAGCAGAAGUACCCCUAUUAUUUGUGUCCUUCCCUUCAGCCAAAGACCCCUCAUGGUCAGAGAGAUUCCCAGGUAAGUCUAAUUUGCUGAUCAUCACCAUAUGUCCCUAUAAAUGGUUUGAUAGAUGGGAAGACGAGAAAGUGAAGAAAAGAGGAGGUGAAUAUGAUGGACUGAAGAAUGCUAUCGGCAGACAAAUGUUAAACCAAGUUAUACAGAUGUUUCCUCAGAUAGAAGAUAAGAUUGCCUAUACAGAUGUUGGUUCACCUCUAAGUAACAAGUAUUACCUGGGUUUUGACAAAGGUGAGAUGUAUGGACUUGACCACACAAUGCAGAGGUUUUCACCUGAAGUAUCUUCAGAACUACGAGCACAGACCGACAUUCCAGGCUUGUUUCUUACCGGUCAGGAUAUAUCAACCUGUGGAUUUACUGGUGCUAUGUUUGGUGGUAUGUUCUGUGCUGGUGCUGUCUUGAAUAGGAAACUCCACAAUGACCUGGAAACACUCGUUAAAGAGAUCAGGAAAAACAAUGACACCAAGAAAAAGUCACUCUAAAACCAACAUAAAAAUCCUGGACUUGCGUUAAAGAGAUCAGGAAAAACAAUGACACCAAGAAAAAGUCACUCUAAAACCAACACAAAAAUCAAAUCUGUGAUUUAACUUAUAUAGGGUAUUUUAUACUUUGUUUACUUAGUUAAUGUAAUAGGUUCUUUUAUACAUAAAUGACUAUGUAGAAAAGUUAUGGAUAUUAAUUUAGUUUGAACAUAUUUGUUUAUAGUGGAUUGGGAAACAAGUUAUUACAACUUAUGUUAAUCCAUUUCCACUUUGUGGAAGCGAGUGAGUAGAGGUUUUUUUAUAAAAUAUGACUGUAGAAAAAUUAUAAAUGUAAAUUUAAACACUACUAUUUAUAAUGAUUAAGUUUGUAUAUGUUUUUAAUAUAUUUAUUAUUGCCAGUAUGAAUUUUACAUAUCUUUCUAUGUUGUUCUAUGUAAUCAGUUAUUAAGUUACGAUCUCAGAUAUUACAGUUAUACAUCAUAGAUAAGUUUUAUUUACCAACUAUUUUUUCCCUUUUCAAAGAAAUUAAAAAGAAGAUUUUGUUCUAGAAGAAGGCGAUUGAUUGUUUUAAAUGUCUUAAAUUAUUAUUGAGAAUUUUUUUAAUUUGUUAGAUUACCAUGAAUGGUUUCAGUAUAACAUUUUUAACCAAGGGUGUUGUUAGUUUUGUUUUUGGUUUGUAUUUUGUUGAUUUAAAGGGACGUAACACAUUCCUAUCUAGAAACCAAUGAACUGUAUGUCAUAUUAAAUUAUUUAUUCUCUGUACCAGAUUGUGUAAUCAAAUUAUUAUAUAUCAAGUUAAUGUACUUAAAUACUAUACCAACCAAAAAUGUGCUUUAUGCACUGUACAUUUAAUCCUUAUGCAAGGUUGUAUUUUUUUAAACUGAUUUUGUAAUGUCAAGUUAAUCUGAUAAAGGAUUUAAGUCUAAAGUCAGUCUAUUCUUGCCAUAAAAUAUAAAAUAUUACUAAUCAUUGUAUUACACAUUGAAUAUAGGAUCCAUGAUUUAAGAAUACACCAUUUUUACCAAGAUUAAUUAUUCCUUAGUUGGAUUGUGAUUUUUUUUGUCAUGUUUUUUAUUUAAAAUAUCCUUAGAAGAAAAAAAACUUUAAGUUGACAAACUUAAAUAUGGUAAUUGAUCAGUGUUUCUUUUCACAUUAAACUUCAGAGAAAAAUACAUGUCAUAAACAUUUUGGUGCAACUUGAACAAUCAAUUCUAGUCUUAAAAUUUAUCAUGAAUAAUAUCUGUCACAGUCCCUUGGUUUUUCUCCAGACCAGCUUUAGAGCAUGUAUAAACAGAUAUAGACAUGUUAAUUUCAUGUUAAAAGGAAUUACUAUUAUUUAUUUACUGCCUUUUUUCAUGACUUGAAAGUAAACAAUAUGUUCAUUGUUGAUAUUUAAUAUUCUUAUAAAAAUAUAUGAUAAUGAUUUUAUAGUCCUCUAAAUACUUAUAUGUACAUCACUUUUAUGUAUACUGCUGUAAGCAAGGUACAUCACUUUUAUGUAUACUGAAACUGUAAUCUGUAAAUUGAAGUUAUUUCUCCUUCAUUUCGUUAUUUAAAUCAAUGUGUUAUUAUCAAAUUUUCAGAUGGUGCAAAAACUUAGAUUUUUAAUAUGUUAAGUAUACUGUGGAUUCAUUUAUUUUCGUGGGUAUUAAUUUUUUCGUGGAAUGCUAAAAACUUGCAUAUUCGUGGGUACUUGAUUUCGUGGUUUUGCCAACCUCUGUAUACAAGGUCUAUUAAAAAUAUGAUAUUCGUUGAACAUUUCAAUUCGUGGUUCACCUGUACCAAUGAAACCCACAAAAAUUGGUAUCCAACGAAUAAUAAUGAAUCUACAGUAGAUAAUUAUUUAAGUUAGUUCUAUUGUGAAAGUCCAUCUUAUCGAUGUAAUUAAUUGACCAAUACAUUGUUAUACACUGUCCACAAGGUGAGUUUAUUUACAAAAUAUUUAAUAUUAAUUGUUUAUGUUUCAUUCACCAAAAAACUUUGUAAAUUAUGUGCAAUUGUAUCAAAAGUGCUAUUUUGUAUGUGACAGUGAAAUUUCAAAUUCUCUGAUUUUUAUUUUGAUGCUAAUUUUUCUGCUAAGCACAUUCUUAAGUGACAUGUUAGAAUCUAGGAAAUAUGAAAUAUGAAAAAUAAACAAAGCUUAAAUCAAUUCUUCAGUCCAUCAAAAUCAAAAUCCACCUAAAAUUACACUUUAAUUUGUGAAAUGUUGUAGUUAACUACUUAAGACCUCUAAUUUAAUGAGAAUAAUAGGUGCAGCUAUAAAGUGGUGUUCCUUUAACCUUUUUGGUUUUUAAAAGUAUUUUAUAAGAUUUUUGUCUUGAUGAACUUCACCCCUGUCCAAUCUAGGAAAACUUCUCAUUGCAAUAACUUUUCAAUUUUAAUACUGAAAAAAAAGAACUACAUUCAAAUAGAAAAAAAUAAGUCUUUCUUAGUAAGUCAUUUAUUUAAAUAAUUAUUGUUUAUUUAGAAAUGUAAGUUUGAUAGCAUUUUUAUAAACCCUUAAUUAGCAAUUUCAUGUGAUGCUAGACUUAAAAAAAAUCUAGAUAUUUUUUGUUUACUAAAUUAUAAUAACUUUAUAUUAAAGAUUCAUAUGACUUACUAAUGAUGAUUGGUCAGGAAUUCCAAAAGCUUUAUUUAAUUGCUGUGUAGAAUGCAACUGCACAUGCUCAGCCCUCUAUGAAAACAUUAAACAAUACAUAAAAAAAUACAAAUCCAAGGUUUGAUUAAAGUUAGAAUUUCAUGAUUGUGACAUUUUUUAAGGAAAUUGAAAAUUUGCAACAGUAAUUUGAGAUGUGAGUGCUUGUUAAUCAUUAUAAUACUUUUUACCUCAAUGGAUACUUUUGUACUGUAAAUUUGGAAAUUAUUGCAAGGUUGUUAUAAAUGUGAAUAAUGUGACUGAGUGAGUAUUGUAAUAACUCACAUUCUUAUACAUGUAUCUGAUACAUAUAUCUGUAUGCAGAUUUUCCUGACAUCACAAUAAUCAAUCUUGCAUUUUUGUUUAUUUUCAAAAAUCACAAUAAUAAAUUCAUGCAAUAAUUUUGUAAUUUACAGUAGUAAGUCCUUUAGAAAGUUACCAAAAAAAGACCAUGACAUGUGAAUACAAAUAUUAAUUUACUUGAGAUGUGUUUUUAACAUUUCUGUUUAUCCAAGUGAUUUCAUGUGUUCCUACUAUUAUUUGCUCAGUUAUAUUAAGUUUCAGUGGGCAUUAAAUUAAAAUGUGAUUCAAAACUUACAAAUAAAUAUAAUUUGCAUAAAU